GUGGGCGGCUCUCUGCUCUCGUAGCUGAGGCGGACUGGUUGUUCCGGUCUCGGUGUCGUGGGUGGCCUCAGCUGCACUAGGAAGUUGUAGGAACGCUAGCAGCCGGGAGCAGCCUCUGCAGGCCUCCGGUACACGCCAGGGAGCUGCAGCAUCCAGGGGACAACAUGCCAUCUGUCAAGCAGCUAGCUGAUAUUGGCUACAAGACCUUCUCCACCUCCAUGCUGCUGCUCACUGUGUAUGGGGGCUACCUCUGCAGUGUCCGAGCCUACCACUAUUUCCAGCGGCGCAGCACCCAGCGCCAGGCUGCAGAAGAACAGAAGACCUCGGGAACCCUGUAGAAUUUGGUCAUUUUCUCUUGAGCAGUGAGGCCUAAGGCAUGCUAUGGGAAGACUUUCCCCUACAGUCCUUGCCAGGUUAAGAGGAUUUAUGACCCUGAUGAUUUUCAAAUCCUGCCUGAAGAAAGAACCUAUGGUUUGUCUGAUACUUCUAGUUGGUGCCUGUUUGUGGAGUCUGUUGAAUAAAUAGGAAUGUGAGGGUGAGGUAUACCUUAUAGACAUUAAAUAUUUUUCCAUGUCUGUG